UGUCACAAAUCACAAAGAAUUUAUAAUUUCUAAAAAUCCUUGACCCGAAAAUGUCAUCCCAAGUCAACGUCCGCUUCGUGAAUGAAGGUGACUCCGCCCUUCGCCAAACUGUGUCAGUCCAUGUGGGCGCGCUCCGUCUCGAAGGGGGUAGCGCCACACCGAAUCACACGCAGGCCGCCAGCGACAAAGACGACGACCGUGAUGUGUCCACCUCCCAAUACACCACCGAUAGCGGGGGCGAUGACGAAAGUUUGUUCAGCACCUCGACCAAGUCUCCCCAGCUCUCGUGGGAUCUUGUCUUUCUGGUCCUUUUUUCCGGAAGUGGUUGGGGAAUUAUUGCCGUCCUGUUCGGACUCGCCUUCCUCUUCGGUGUCCCCGUCGCCAUGAUCCUUAUCGGCUCCGUCUACCUCGGCAUUGAGUCCUGCUUCGAGGAGAGAAUCGCCAUCUUGCUCAUCAUCGGAGGCAUUCUCUCCAUUCUCUCCGUCCUCACGAGAGCUGCGAUGAACGACGCGGUCGGGAAGGGUAAAAGUCAGCAAGAUCAAAAUCACUCUCCUCACCACCACUACCACGGCCACCCACACCACCACCCCCGCCGCUGGGGCCAUGACGAGCCCAUCCAACCCAGAAAGAAAAUGACCUGGCUCCGCUUCCUCCACGGCCUGAUCAUCCUCGUGGACUGCGUGUGGGUCGUGGUGACGUCCAUUUUCGUCUACCGGAUCCAAUCCAUCGUUAUAUUGGACGACGACGAGUCUGAGACGUACUGUGCACGCACGCUGUACCUCUUCGCCUUCAUCUACCUCACCGUCGUCUGGGCCAUUUUCGCCGCCUCACUCGCCUGCUUGGUCGCCGGAAUGGUUUGGCGAAAAUGCGUAUGCGCCUGCUCCCGAGGGACACGACGAUAAAUAAUAAUGUUAAUAUCUAAAUAUACCUCAAUAAAUUCCUGUCCU